UUUUAUUUUGUUAUUAUUGGUCUUCUUCACUCCUACUCGCUUUUUUUUAAUUGCUGCUGGCCUAGGCUGCUUCUUUCACCACUCACUAUUUACUCUCAACCCCACCCCUCUCUGUCAAACAAACGGCCUCCUUCUCCAUUAGACCAAUAGCAGUCCAUACGCAGCAGCAGCAAUGGCACCAUUUGUCCUGAGGGUCAAAGGUGGCGAAGACACAUUCUUUUCUCCUUUGGAGAACAUGCAUUGCGAGGAGGAUGUCUCGUACGCAUGGCGUGUCAGCAACAAGGUGAGAGACGCAUUGGAAAAUGGAUCACGUCUCGAAAACAUGUCCUGGCGACUUUGGUUCCGUCAUCAACUUUUAAAUCAGCAAAAGGCAGCCGAAAAGGCUAAAACCGAACAAUUACAGCAACAGCAACAACUCCAAUUACAACAACAAUUCAACCAGCAACAACCUAACUCGACUGUUUCAUUGUCGGUGACGACUACUCCACUUCAUGAGCAACACCAUCACCAGUUUUGGUUUGACCAACACCAUAACCCUCCUCCACCACCGACCAAAGAUUUGCCUGAUAUGAUGGACUAUGACGAUACAAACCAGUUUAUGCUACACAAUCCAAACGAUUUUAUAUUCAGUAUGCCACCAACGAAACAUGUCGAGCACGAUAACAAUAACAACAACGUCCAACAACAACAGCAACAUGAAGCAGAGCAUCAAACACCUUGGCCACUUGCAGCUACUGAAUAUGAUUUACAACAUACUAUGCAAGAUACUCCAACUUCGUUUCAGCCAGAUCAUCAUCUUGAUAGUGCAUUGGCUUCACGAAUGGCCGCUUUCUCUAUGCAACCCAUGUCUAUGCCGCCAAGUCCAAUCAUGUCUCACAUGCCGCCCAUGUCCAUGCAUCACCGUCCGCACGAUGCUAUUCAUAACGCUACCGCCGCUGCUGCGGUUUAUGUAGAACAACAACAAUCCACUAAUACUCUGCUGCAUACAACUUCACCUCCAUCGAGUUCCACAACUUUGAAUCGACUCUUAGAACAACAACAACAGCAAGAUACGCAUGCACAUCAUACACACAAUCAUCAUCAUCAUCAUAACCACCAUGGACAUCCGGCUGCGCGUGUACGAUCGAGGCCACAGAUAUCUUUAGAAAUUGAAGGCAUGACAUCUUCAACUGCGACAAAUAAUCCUAGCCAGCUUUAUCAUACACAUUUGUAAGUCUCUAUUUUUUUUUUUUGGAAAAAAAGAGGAAUAGCAACACUAUUCAAGAGUCUA